AUGCACUGCUUGUGUGCAAACUACAAAUAUAUAAACCUGUAUUAUUAUUUAUUAGCCUGUUAUUACAGUCCUAUUUAGUGUUUUGUCAUACACAUCACUCUAUUUUCUUUUAAAACAAUGUUCAUUAAAUUAGAGUUUACGUGAAUUUACCUAGUUUCACUCGUUUUGUGGAUCGAGAUCAUGUCUGUAAGAGACAAAUGGGUCCGCCGGUUUUCUGUUGAUGAAACGGCAAAACACAAUAAUGGUUUUACUAUUUACAAGAUCACAUCAGUGUUAUUCCCGAUAGAUUCACCAGAAGCAGUGACAGUUAUAUCAGUAUGGAAGAGAUACAGUGACGUCCAGCAACUUCAUAAGUCAAUGAAGUCAUUACACGCGGGACUUCAUCUACGUGGAGUGUUCCCGAACCUUGCUCGUAAUAGCUUCUUUAAGAGAUUCAGUCCUGAAGUAAUAGAAGAGAGAGCUAAAACAAUCAAGGUUCUUCUUGAGUUUGUAGCGGAGCAUAGAUUAUUAUUUACUAGCACUGAUUUUGUUAAUUUUUUACAGACCGGCUAUCCAGAGCCCAAGCCUCUGGGUGUUAUAGACACUAUAAGGUCUUCGCUGCACCUUCCCAUAGAAGAAACUCCUCCGCUAGAAUACCAGAGUGACAAUGAGAGAGUGCAAACAGUCAAUUCUCCAGUGAACCAAAGUGACAUACAAGACGUAUCACAAAUACCAAUAUACGAAGCAGCCGACGUAGAGAUCCGAGAUUCACCAAAGAGUUUGUCGAACAGUUUCGAAUCGCUAACCUCGUUGGAGAGUUUUGACAGUGACAUUUACGAUGACAUUUCAAAAGUCAGUAUCGACAGCCGGGCGCAGGUUAAAAAGGUUCUGCCGGACCUUAUUAAUUUCGACGAGCCGAGUUGUUCGAAAUUUGAAGAUUAUCACACUAUGACGAGACACGACGCUGUCUCGAUGACAUCCGGCUCUGACAGUUCAAGGACUCUGUCUCGCUCUAACACCGAAUGUAAGACAAGGACGGAUGACAGUUAUAUAUUCGAAGCCGGCUAUAUGUUGAACUUGGCGGCGAGGUGCGAAGACAUGAACGACUAUCAGAGAGCCUUCGAAUGUUACAAAUCUGGUAUAGAGAAGAUGUUGAUAGGAGUGCAGUCGGAUCCUGAUUCUCAGCGGAGGACUCUCAUUAAGGAGAAGACUCACAAGUAUCUGACGCACGCUGAAGACAUCUACAACAAACACCUCAGUGAGCUGGAGCACAAGUCCCCCCGUCCUGCCCCUCCCCCCUCCCCCUCGGUCCGUCGCCCCCCCUCGGCCCUCUCUUCAUACAGGGUGCUCGCGGCGCUGGGCCCGAGGGUGUUGCUGGUGUUGGACGAUCACGACAGAACCUGCUACGCUAUGAAGGUCAUACAAAAAAUACCAAACAAUCUGACAGAGUUCGACGAUUACUUCCAACGUGGAGACGAGACCAGGCAGAUCAUACUGCCGACGGCUGUACCGUGUGUGAUGCAACUGCACUCCUACAUAGAGACCGGCGAUAUGAUAUUCCUCAUACUCGCCUACACGCCCGGCGUCAAGCUCUUCGACUACAUCCGGAACCACGCGAGGUCCACAUCCAAGACGCCCAACAGAGAGGUCAAUCUAGAGAACGUGUUCACCGAGCCCCUCAACAAGAACACCCGCAGUCACCUGCCCGUUAACGAGAUUAACCGGUUUAACGAAGUCGAUGACCUCACCGUCAACGAUAUCAACGAGAACCGUGACUAUGAUAUAUCGGUCAAAGAACUGGUCGUUAACUCGCAGAAGCUGUUGCUCAAUGUGGACAAGGCCUUGACGGACGGCGCCGCGGACCGCGUGCGGGCCGAGGAGGUCAGUGACGAGCACACGGAGCAGAGGACCGCGGACGGAGACACGCACUACAAGCCUCCUCUCCCUCCCGGCGCCGUCCGCCGCUGGUGUGCCGGCGUGCUGGUGGCGCUGCACGGCCUACACGCACAGGGGGUCGUGUGCAGGGACCUAUGCCCGUCCAACGUGUUGCUGUCCCAGGGCGGGCGCGUGUCGCUCACCUACUUCCCCGGCUACGACUCCGCUACCUUCCAAUCCAAACUGCACUCCGUCCCGCGGAACCUCUCGCUGUACCUGGCGCCCGAGCUCACCUCCCGGAUCCCGUGUGACGAUAGCCAUCUCUGUGACUACUGGAGCUUGGGAGCCAUCAUGUAUUACCUCAUAUGUGGAUUCCCUCUGUCAAGUCAUCACAGCACAUUCACGAGUCACACCAUACUGUACUUGCCGGAGGACCUGAGUGUUGAAGAAGAGUCGAUACUUACACAGCUACUAACUUACGAGCCCUCCGAGAGGUUGGGUUCCGGAGAAACCGGGAUUGAGGAAAUUAAACAACAUCCAUACUUCAAGAAUAUUGACUGGGAGGAGUUUUACACUACAAUAUAACAAUAAAAAUAUAUGUGUGUAUGGGUGUGUCUGUGUGUGUGUGUGUGUGUGUGUGUGUGUAUUUGUGCGUGUGUAUGUGUGUGGAAAAUUGAAAACGACGAAUUUACAUACAAAUGUUUUAGAACAGCAUUUGGUUUCGUGCGACGUGUUAUAUAAUAAUAUUUAUUAAUUGUACAAAAUGAUUUAUUCUAUAACGAGCUCUGCGGCACUCACAUAAGGUGGUAAUUUAUUUAUUCCCAUCAAUAUCAAGUGUAGUGAUAUCUAAGUGUAUUUCUUUAAGUUAACUCCUAGUACUUAGUGUAACUCUAGUCUAUAUUGAAAAUUCCAAAAUGUAUUUCUAAGCAAAGCGAGUAUUAAAAUAUUCUGAUCUGAUUGAAGUAUUAAGUUGUAAGUAGUAAGUAGUACAAUGUAGCGACCUGCGGGAGCGAGGUCGGCUAAGGACGCUUUACAAUGUGACUUUAUACUCUGUAAGUUUUCACUUCUUAAGCGAAGUCAACGUUAGUAUUAGAAUCUUUGUAGUUAUUUUUGUAUGAAUGGUUUGAAAUUAUAAUAUUGUAUUUAUUAAAUAUGUUGAGUAAC